CUCAGAUACCGAAUUCCCCUCGACACUUGCAUUGAGCUCGCUAUACGAUUUUCCAUCACCACUCGAUUCAACAUGGCGGCUGCUACUGCGACCACUACAAUGUCCAGCGCGACACAUCCUCUCGUCACAAAGUGGUCUUCUCGAUACCGUGGGGCUACUGUUGAGGACCUCGACCCCCCAGCCGCCCUCUCUCUCAACCCCUCCGAUGCCAUUUCUCUCGCUCUCCUCUCCGCUUUCGAGCGCGACUACACCCACUUGACCAUCGUUGAUUCCGAUAACCGCGCUCUCUUGGGCUACAUUUCCAUCCCACAUUUGCAGUCGCUGCUCGACUCGGGCAAGGUCAAGCCCAACGAUCCUCUCUCAACCGCCAUGACACGUUUCCAGCGCAAGGGCCGCACCUACAAGGUCAUUACCAUGGAGACCACCCUCGAAGAACUCGAAGACUUUUACCGCGGAGGUGUGCCCGAAGGACCUUGGGAGCAGGAAUUUGCCGUCAUUACGGAUGAGAAGAGGAGGUUUGUCCUGGGCGUUGCGACAGUGCAGGAUCUCGAGGAGUUUGUGAAGCGGAGACCCGAGUAGAUCGUCAACUUUUCGUUUUGGAAUCAAUGGAAUCAGUUUUGAAGAGUAUAGGUCAUAGGGAGGGCGGCAACAGGAAAGGCAGAGCAUCUUGAAUGGGCGUUGGGGAAUAAUGAUCUAAACAUCAUAAGAUUGUGAUGGGCUCGCUGCAGCCUGUCAAGCAGGAAAGCUGCUUUCAACAUAGCGCAAUACCCUGGGGAUAAUAAACCUUGAUGGAUAUUACUUUCACGUAUAAAUUGCAUAAACAUUUACAAAUCUGGUUGGCUUGAUUGAUCAAGUAUCUAUUCAUUUAUUGAGGAAGCUGACCCGUAGGGCAUCGAG